GCUAGGUGUCUUCUUGCAUGCAUGACACUCCCUGGAUGGUAUACAACGAAGCGGAUAGGCAAUUGAGCAGGAUGAUCAGCCAUGGAGGAGCAAGCACGUCAGGCUUCGAGAGGAGGGUUUGGGAGGACAAUAGCAAUCUUUCUCAGCCUACUUGAAUAGCCGUCUGGGCCGUGUCAUUUGCCGUCAACAUCCUAUCUUCACAGCUCUCAUCAAUCCGACUCUGCAAUCGCCGCCUCAUAUUGCGCUAUACCAUAAAAGCAGCACAUCCAUUGACAUCUUAUCACACAUACGUUUUCCAGCCCCAGAGCAUCUUAUCGUACGACAAACGUCUCAGCCGCCAAAAUGAGCCACGCAACCCCCCAGACCACCACCAUCCAGAACCCUCGGUUGAGGUUACUCAACAAGAUCAAGGCCGGAGAGUAUCCAUUAAUGACGUUCAUGGCCAUUCCCUCAGUACGACAAGCCCAGAUCAUCUCCCUGACCGGUGUCGACGGUAUCAUUAUUGAUUGUGAGCACGGUCACAUCGGAGAUGAUUCUAUGCACAACUCAGUCGCCGCUAUCUCGGCCCUUGGCGUAUCGCCAGUCAUUCGUAUCCGCGGUCCCGCACAUGACAUCCUCAAGCGGGCACUAGACACGGGCGCCCAUGGCAUCAUGGUCCCACAGAUCAACAACGCAGAGGAGGCGAGGCAGGUGGUUGCAUCUUCCAAGUUCCCACCCUGGGGCGUGCGUGGCCAGGGAUCAGCCUUCCCUGCCAUUGGCCACGGCCUGACCACGCCAGAGUACAUGAAGUCUGCCGAUCAAACCAUAAUCACCAUGAUCCAGAUUGAGACCCGGGCGGGUGUAGAAAAUGUUGAAGAGAUUGCCGCCGUACCUGGUGUCGAUCUCGUGUUCAUUGGCCCUAACGACCUGGCCCAGUCUCUCCUGGGCUACACCCCUGCCCGAGGCGACGAGCCCGAGUUCGUCGCGGCAAUUGACAAGAUUGUUGCGGCCGCGCGGAAGAACGGCAAGUGGGCUGGCCGCAUGGUGAACAAUGGCACCGCAGCGAAGGAGCAGAGGGAGAAGUAUGACACGGUGGCUAUCACCGGUGAUACCAAGGCCAUUCAGAAUUGGUACAUCUCCGAGUUCGAGAUCGCUCUAUCAUGAAGCUCUAGACUAGGCAAUACAUAGAUAAUGAAUAGACUAAUGAUCC